AAACAACCUUCAAUGACUUCUAGUCUUUUGAGUGAACGCAAAGAGAGCAAAUCGUCGUAACUUGUGGUUGAUUUUUUUAAUAUAAAAGUGAAAAAGAUUUAAAUAAAAAAAUUAAAAAAUAGGUUUCUUUACAAAAACCUAAAACAAGUUUUUAAAUUUAAACAAAAAACAAAUUCCCCUUAAAAAAAAAAUGGCGUUUAUCAAGUUAUGCAUAUUUGCCUUGGCUAUAGGUUGCACUGUGGCCCAACGUCCUGGCUUUAGAGUGGGUGCUGGUCAUCCACCCUCUCAAAGGCAUUUACCCAAAAGACCCACCGAUCCACCACCAGUAGAAGAUGAUUAUGUACCCACCGAACAUUGUCCCGAACCCAAUGGUUUCUAUCCCAGUGAUAAGCAAUGUGAUAAAUAUUAUGCCUGUGUUGAUGGUGUAGCGACUGAAAAAUUAUGCGCUGAUGGUAUGGUAUUUAACGAUUACAGUCCCAAUGAUGAGAAAUGCGAUUUGCCAUAUAAUAUCGAUUGCAGUAAGAGACCUGAAUUGCAAACUCCUCAACCUUCCCAACAUUGUCCCCGCAAAAAUGGCUACUUCGGCCAUGAGAAACCCGGAAUUUGCGAUAAAUUCUACUACUGUGUCGAUGGUCAAUUCAAUAUGAUCACCUGCCCCUCAGGUCUGGUAUUCAAUCCCAAAACUGGCAUUUGCACUUGGCCCGAUGAGGUUGGUGUUACCGGUUGCAAAUCUGAAGAUAUUUUCGAAUUUGAAUGCCCUAAAGUAAAUGAAACUGAGGCAGCUACUCAUCCCCGUUAUGCCGAUCCCGAUGAUUGUCAAUUCUUCUAUGUGUGCGUUAAUGGUGAAAUACCCCGUAGAAAUGGUUGCAAAUUGGGUCAAGUAUUCGAUGAUGAGAAGAAACAUUGUGAAUGGUCUCGUAAUGUACCAGAAUGUGCCGAUUGGUAUAAGGAUCGCUUAACCGAUGCCGAAUUAGAGGAAUUGGAAAAUCCUAAACCCAAAGAAAAGAAACCACAACGUGUACGUGGUCCUUCUAGACGUAAAACUUCCCGUGUAGUGGCUGAGGAGGAGGAAGAGUAAUAAUUUAUUUUGGGGCAAAAAGCGCCUAAGGGCUGGCUUUUAAAAUUCAUAA